AUGUUUAUUCUCACGAUUGCAACGGCUACUGGUGAAAUAGUUUAUGGUAUUCGUGCGCAUUCGAAUUCUUUAAUAGCGGAUGGAUUAUAUUCAUUUGCGGAAGGUCUUUGUUUAAUUGGUGUUUUGUUAAUUCUUCAUUAUUCACAUAAGGUAGGACAUCGUCCAAAAAACAAUACAUUUGGUUAUGAACGAUUAGAAUUAUUAUUUGGUCUUGUACAAGAAGUAUUUCUUUUAUCAGUAUCAUUGGGUGUUAUAGUUGACGCUGUUAAUCAUUUAAUUAAUCCUAUGCUUGUACAUGAUCCAAAAUUAAUGAUUAUUAUUGGCAUAGGUGGAACUUUUGUUGGUAUACUUGGAAUGGCUAUGUUUUGGGGUUAUCAUCAUGAUCAUGAUAUAGAAGAAGAAAUACAUGAAAAGAAAAAACGAGAUAUUUUAGCAUGGACAAAACAACAUAUGAAACCAAUGCGUACAUCAUCCAUUAAAACACAUAACAAUACAGCUGUUGAAAUUCCAUUAAUGACUAAAGAGUCUAAAUAUGAAGCUACCCAUCACUCAGACAUAACUAGUGAUACAGAAAUAACACCAGAACAUGUUCAUCAGUGUACAUCUAAUCUCGAUGCCUUCACCUAUGAAAAUGUUGAAAUGUCAGAAUCGCGAAUAUAUGCUACUUUGCAUGCUCUAUGUUUACAUUCAUUCGUUGUUGUAUUAGAAUCCAUCAUUGUUGUCGUAUCAGGUUGUAUGAUUAAAUUUAUUCCACAUAUAGAUCCAAUUACAAGAAAAGAAGUCAAUACUUGGUUAAAAUAUGUUGAUCCAUUAUUAACACUAAUAAUGGUCGUUAUUAUUGUUGUUCGUGCACUUCCUGUCAUAUUUUCAAUAAGUGAAAUAUUAAUUGAAAAUGUUCCAGGUGGUAUUGAUACAAAACAAUUAAUGAACGAAAUUGUGACAACUACUCCAGCAAUUAAAAGUAUACAUAGUUUACAUAUUUGGAGAGCAACAGCUAAAGAAAUUUAUGCGACAAUGCAUCUUGUGUGUGAUGAAGACGUCAUGUUAAGUACAUGUACGCAUAAAUAUGGUAAAGAUAUACAAAUUAUUUUAAAAAGUUAUUGUAUUCGGUAUUUUACAUUACAAUUUGAAUAUAUAAUACCGAAUUAUAUUGAUGAAUUACCUCUGUACCGCUGUGUUCAUGGACUUCAUAGAAAACGUCGUGGUCACACACUUGAAGAACCUCUGACAAAAUUAGCUAAAGAUGCGAUAAUUCGUAUUCGAUAG